UCAAGUCACCUCCAUAAAUCGCACUGAAAAAGACGGCCUUCAAACAUUUCUCAAGAACCCUCCAAACACCAAUCGAAAUUCGAACUUACUCUAAUCGUGGAGGAUCCUCCUUUUGCUGAUCUUUUGUUUUGGUUUGUUUAAUUUUAGCUUUGGCUUUGGCUUUGGCGGUUUUGGAAUCGAGGCGAGGUGAUUUCUCGAAUUGAUCAUACAUGGUGUCAGUUUACCCUAAUCCACCUCCAGAUCAAGACUUUUGUGGCUUCCACGGCCUCCAAAUGGGCGGGGAUUUGAUCAAGCUUCCGGGGAUGGAAACAGACGGCGGUAAUUUGCCUCACACGGCUCCUGUCGGUAAUGUGGCUUCGGCCGUAGAGGAUGCUAGUAAGAAGAUCCGGAAGCCGUACACGAUCACCAAGUCCAGAGAGAGCUGGAGCGAGCAGGAGCAUGACAAAUUUCUCGAAGCUCUUCAUCUAUUUGAUCGUGACUGGAAAAAGAUCGAAGCUUACGUUGGGUCUAAGACUGUUAUCCAGAUUCGCAGUCAUGCUCAGAAAUAUUUCUUGAAAGUCCAAAAGAAUGGAACAAGCGAGCACGUACCUCCCCCUCGUCCAAAGAGAAAAGCAGCCCAUCCCUAUCCACAGAAGGCCCCCAAAAAUGCUGCAGGAGCUCAGCAAUCUUCGACUGCUCGUCUAGAGUCUGGAUAUGUAUUGGGACCCGAUUCGUUGUCAAUACCUGAAAAUCAAAUGGCCAGUGCACCGUUGCCUUGGACUUACAAUGCUGUGCCGCCAGUGUGUUUGACACCUAUUCAGAAAGGGGAUAUUGGAUUUUCCAGCUUUGCCAACACUUACAGCAGCAGCAGCAAUGAAAGCAAUCCUCGAGUAUGGACACCUGACAAAGCACAUAGUGAAAGAAAAGCUAGGCGGUGCAAUUCAACAAGGGUCAUGCCCGAUUUUGCUCAAGUUUAUGGGUUCAUUGGGAGUGUCUUUGAUCCAACGGCAAGUGAUCACUUGAGAAGGCUAAGAGAGAUGGACCCUUUAAACGUUGAGACGGUGCUAAUGUUGAUGAAGAAUCUCACGGUCAAUUUGAUGAGCCCUGAAUUUGAGAAUCAUAGGAAGUUGCUGUCAUCGGGCAACAGCACUGGAGACAAACACAUGCCGGUCCCAACUACCUAACCUCUGUGCGCAGUCAUGGUAACGUAUGCUUAAUUUUGCCAUCUUCGAUGGUGACAAAUCAGGGUAGCAAUAGACACACAAUGUGUUUGUGUUACCACUGAUUAGUCACCGUUAAAUAUGUACAUAGCCCGGAUCAUGUCCUUCGAGUCUGUCAGAUGGCAUUAUCAGCAGCUAUUGCGCGCAUAUAUAUAUAUAUAUAUGUGUGUGUGUAUGUAUGUAUUAUAUGUUUAUAGUUUGAUUAGAAUUUAUUGUUGUUUGAUUAGAAUCUAGUAGAGCGAGCAGGUGAGAGGUGUGGUUGGAAGUUUUGUAGUAGUGUUGUUUUGAUUGUAUAGUUUAGUUUUUGUUGGAUGCCUAAAGCUUUUCAGUAGUGA